AUGGUCUCCUUCAAGGCCUUCUGCUCUGCCCUGGCCUUCCAGGCCCUCGCCGUGUCCGCCGCGCCGACCGAGGAGGUUCCCAAGUUUACUCCUCCCAACAAGCUCCAGGCUCAGGCCUCCAUCUUCUACUGCUCCAACAUCCGUUGGAACGGUGAGUGCAGAGCCGUCGGUGUUCCCUUGGAUAAGUGCCACAACCUCCCCAAGGCAUGGAACGACCGCAUCAGCUCCAUCAAGAACCAAGCAAAGAGCGCGUAUAAGUGCACCUGGUACAUCGGCUACAACUGCAACGGCAAGUCGUACUCCAACCAGGAGGAUGCUAACCUGGCUGACGGCGACGGCGCCUUCAACGACUCUAUCAGCAGCUACUCUUGCCGACGCAAGUAA